GUGUCAUAUCUAAAGUGCAUGUAUAAUAUGUGUUCUAGAUUAUAUACAUUUAGUAGCACAGAAUAUCAAAUAAAAUUUUGCAUAGAACGGAUACCCAUCCAUGUGCAAGUGCCAACCAACAUUGAACUAGACACGUAUCAACCGGAUGUCUAAUGAUAUUGCAAUACCUUAACAGUAAUUACAACAGCUUCUAACUCAUUUAAAUAUUCUUUGGAGUCACAAGAUAUGUAAAAUCGCAACUUUAUUAAACAGGAAGAAAGAUGUUGGAAACAACAGAUACCAGAAGAACACAUAUGAUGACCCUGAGGAGUACAAACUCAAAAUUAAGGGCAUCGUCGUACAUGAAUCGUAUGUAUGGAAGAGAUGCAAAAGCACUAUGGGAAAAGGUACCACAGGCACCGCAUCUUAGGGGAUAUGUCCAUCUUGUAUUGGCACUCAUAUCGCCGUUGUUGAUUCUAUGGUUGAUGAAGUGUAUAAUUGUCAAAGACUACUACCCAGAGUAUAUAGUAGCGUUUGUAUGCUGCAUAUUGAACUUCGCAGCAAGUGCCACUUUGCACUACAGUAGGUGGAACCUCAACUCACUGGACCUUUGUCUCAAAGCAGACUAUGCCUUUAUAUUUCUUAUGAUAGGCGGCUCAGCUACACCAGCCACGAUAGCUGUCACCAAUGAUGACCUAUCUGUGCUAACCACUCUCAUACAAUGGAUAGGUAUAUCCAUAGGCACCGUAGGCGCACUGGCCUUCCGGUUCGUCACUGCGUCUCCCGCUCUUAGGGUGAUUGUAUAUUUCGCGGCCGGAUCUCCAUACGUGCAACUUUGCCGCAACCUUUACAAGAUGAAAUGUUUCAUUGGUCUCCUUCCAUCUUGUAUGACGCUUGUGAUAUACAUGCUUGGCGGGGUCGUAUAUGCCAAAAGAGCACCGAAUCCCAUACCCAAAUAUGUAGGAUUCCAUGAAGUAUUCCACAUGUGCUGCGCAUUAGCGCUGGUUACCACGUUCAUAGGAAACCACAAAAUAACAACCUUUUUAAAUGUAAUGUAAAAACGAAAACACAAUGACAAAACACAGGGUGUAUUCCUGUUUGAACAUUAUUCCUUUGUCGAUGGGCUGGCAAUUUGGUCUUUAGAGAAUACUACAAACCU